CCCACCUCGAGCUCCCCACUCCCCUCCAACACGCAGAUAAACACUCUCCCUCCUCCAACAACAACACCCACACAACCCCCUCACAAUGGCGUCCCUCCUCAAGAAAUCGCUCAAACUCGCCCUCGUCCAGCUCGCCUCGGGCUCCUCGAAAACGCACAACCUCGCCAACGCGCGCACAAAAGUCCUCGAAGCCGCGCGCGCAGGCGCAAACCUCGUCGUCCUCCCAGAAUGCUUCAACUCGCCCUACGGCACAAAGUACUUCGACAGCUACGCCGAGACGCUCCUCCCCUCGCCGCCGUCCGAGGCCCAAUCCCCCACCUUCCACACCCUCUCGCAGCUUGCAAAGGAAGCAGGCGUCUACCUCGUCGGCGGCAGCAUCCCGGAGCGCGACGCCUCGGACGCAAAAACGCUGUUCAACACGAGUCUGACGUUCGCGCCGAGCGGGGCCCUGCUCGCCACCCACCGCAAAGUGCACCUCUUCGACAUCGACAUACCCGGGAAAAUCAAAUUCAAGGAGUCCGAGGUGCUCUCCCCAGGGAACAAGAUCACGCUCGUCGACCUACCCGAGUACGGCACCAUCGCAAUCGCCAUCUGCUACGACAUCCGCUUCCCCGAGCUCGCCACCAUCGCCGCGCGCAAAGGCGCCUUUCUGCUUGUCUACCCCGGCGCAUUCAACCUCACCACCGGCGCACUGCACUGGGAACUGCUGGCGCGGGCGCGCGCAACGGAUAACCAGGUGUAUGUCGGCCUGUGCAGUCCCGCGCGGGAUAUGAAGGCGGAUUACAACGCGUGGGGGCACAGUAUGGUUGUUGAUCCGAAUGCGGAGGUGCUGCAGCAGUUGGGCGAGGAUGAGGGGGUCGUGGUGCAGGAGCUCAAGGCGGGUAGGAUUGAGGAGGUGCGUAAGGGGAUUCCGCUUUAUACGCAGAGACGGUUUGAUGUUUAUCCUGAUGUUAGUGAGGGGGGGAGGUUCAAGGAGUAGCGUGCUUUUUUGCGUAUGUCCAGAUGUAGUGACGACGCAAUGAAAGAGUAUAGAAGUAGCAGUCGUGUAUUCGCCGUGUUCUUCUUCAUGAAUGCAAGACGCAAUAUCUCACAUCGCAGCGAAAUAGCCACGAGAUGGAUUCAGAAAUCCACACCAACAAGCCUGUCCCGUUCGUUCUCAACACUCAGGAUAUCUCGUGUAAAUCAUCCAUGGUCAGUCAUCUCAUCGCACAGCACACUUUAGAUGUUCGUGCACGAUGAGCUACUUGAGGC